AUGUGGAUAUGGUCCUUUAAAAAGACAAUGGAGAAAGAUUCUGGAUACUUGGAGAAAGGAAUCGAGAAUACGGGGCAUCAUUCCAAAGCCACAAUUUCCCAUGUUACUGAACUCAUAAGAGGGAGGAAAGUCGUUAAUAAGCCAGGGGCACAAAUAUUAGUUACGAGCCAAAGAGAUAAUGCAGAAGAUGCCCCAGAAAUAGAUGUCCCACCCACCUUCGACGAUAAUCCAGAAAUCGAUUUCCCAACUAUGCCAGAAGUCAGUUCGCCAAGCACCUUCAAUAAAUCUCCAAAAUCGAAGGAUAAUGUCUCAGCUUUCAAGUAUAAUCAACCAGUCCCUUCAACCUCUGGACUGCUUACAAAGCACCAGACUGAUUCCGACGAAUGUGCCUUUGAAUUGUUUGGUUUGCAAGGUGUCGGAAUAAGGAGUCGAAUUUUUAAGGAGCCAUAG